UCCCACAACAAAACGCUGAACGUUUUUGGUCUCUGUCACAAGAUCUGUUCUAUAUCUCACCAAAAGUUUAAGAUGAUGAACAUCUACCAAGUGUUGUGUGCUGUCUGUGUGAUCUUCUCUUGUCUGGGGCUUACGUCAGCAGACUUUAAUGCGGCCAAAGCUAAAGUCUCCCACGGGUGCCUGGCCACGAUCGACCAGUGCCUCAACCUGGCCGGAGUGUCCGUCCCCACCGCUGAUAGCGUCUGGUGUAUGUUGGCUGGGGAAUCUUAUCACGGCGUCAGUUGCUAUCAGUGCAUGGUACAAAUCGGACUCUGCACGGAUGAAGAAUUUACAUCGCUAAAAAACGAUGCUUGUGGUACAAAGGCUUCAGUUGAGAAAAAGACCAGCACUCACAAAGCAGCCGUGUAUACAACUUUAAAGUCGGCGACCAAACCAUGUCAGAGUAAAGUCGUUACUUGUGUUUUUGACUCGAGUCUCGCCACAGUUCUAAAACAGCAGGAAAUGUUCUGUGAACUACUGGCCCAGACUUCUGAAUGUCUAGACAACUCUUGUAAAGAUUUGAAAAGUCUGAACGAAACCGCUUGCAAGACAAAGCCAUCCGCGUCGUUUCCUAAAGCAAUCCUAGCAACAUCGAAAAAUUGUCGAGCCGGGUUUGAUGACUGCAUGAACAAAAUGGACAACGAACGAAGAAAUAUUCGCAGCGAAAAAUACUGCGACGCUAUAUCCAAUAUAGGGGACCCGAUCCAUAGCUGUUUGUUGGAGAAGGAUUGCACAGAGAAAGAAUUCACUAACAUGAAGAACGGAGCGUGCAAAUAGGCUCAUCUUUGGAUGCUGUUGUUUCUAUGUAAUAGUUAAUCCUCGCUUGAUUGAAUUUUUUAGAUUAAAAAAAUAUUUUUAAAUAUAAAACCUGCAUAGUGUUUAAAAUAAUUGAAUUAUUUGUAUAUGAAAGUAUUCUAUUAAACAUUGGGAAAUGCUAAAUAUAUAAAGUUAAUAUUAUAUACAAAGCUAUAAAGUUUAUACUUUUGAAUUAGAGGUCAAGUAAAAAUGUUUUGAAUUUAUAACAAAAUCGUUGUCAAGGAUUAAGUUUAAACGCAUUUCUAUUUGAUAAUUGGAGGGAAAAAUCAUAAACAGUCGGCCGAAAAUUUUUGUAGCAAAACAAUAAAAAAAAAUCUCAUUUGUGUUUAACUUCAGUUUAAAACUGCGGUGUUUCUGUAAUGUAAAUUUCUCCGAUGUGAGAUGUGUUCUGUCAAAUA